AUGGCUGGAGGCUUCCUCGCAUAUCAUGAGCCUGGCACCAAGAUAAUACGUGCGGGCAUUGUUGGCCAAAUCGCGGUUGGAAUUAUAUACGGGAAACCUCUAGCCAAUAUCUUAUUACUACCAUGGCAAGAAACUUUCCUCGCUAUUGGCUACAUUGGCCUGAUCUUGAUCAUAUUUGAAGGCGGCCUACAAAUUCGACUUGACCUUUUGAAGCAAAACUUUCUUUUGAGCUUGAUGGGAGCUACAACAGGUGUCGUGUUUCCCAUCGCAUUCUCUUAUUUAUUGCUUUAUCUGGGAUACGGAUACGGGGCUGUUGAAACAUUCAUUAUUGGCGCCGCUCUCUCCGCCACUUCUCUGGGUACGACUUUCUCAGUCAUCUCAUCUGCAUCUAGAGAGAUUGAUCUUUCGCAAACAAGAGUUGGCUCGGUCCUUGUAAGUGCUGCAGUGAUUGACGAUGUUGUUGGGCUUGUAUUAGCCAGUGUGAUUCAUGACUUGGGUGAGAUGUCCCAUCACGGUGGGGGUCAUGUCAACCUAGGUUGGAUCAUCGGGCGUCCGAUCGUGGCAUCCGCCGCCAUGGCAAUAUUGACCCCGAUCCUCACAAAGUAUUUCUUUGCGCCGAUCUUUCGAAAACACAUUGAGCAUGCAUUUGCAAAAUAUGAUCAUGUCUCUAAUAUUGUGUUGAUGAUUCUGGUUUUAUCUGCAUUCAUCACUAUUGCUGCCUAUACCGGUACCUCUGUCUUGUUUGGCUCAUUUCUCGCCGGUGCAUUCCUUACAUACCUGCCAAGCAAACACCCCGAUGGCCCUUUUGUUGUCAUGAGCCGUGAGCAAGGUGAAAGAGAAGAUGACAGGAGUCCUACAUUCGUGCAUACGUUUGAGUUGUACCUCCUUGACACACAAAAGUACUUGAUGGAGCCGCUGUUUUUUGCCAGUGUUGGAUUUGCAAUUCCGUUUGUUGAGCUUUGGACUGGAAAGAGAAUAUGGAGGGGUAUUCUGUACUCGCUACUUAUGCUAGUGGCCAAGGUUGUCGUCGGACUAUGGGUUCCUCUAUCUCAUUUCUUCAGCUCGCCAAGAUUCUCAAGGCUUACAAAGAAUUCUCGUCAUGAAUCUACUGAAACAGCAGAUUCGGCUCAAAACAUGACAGAUCAAGAUAGCUAUCGCUCAGCUUUGCUCGCUGGAUCUCUUCUUGGAUCCGCAAUGGUGGCACGAGGUGAGAUUGGACUUUUGAUCAUAGAGAUUGGAUAUAACGAAACAACCUACGUAAGCCAGGAUGGAUUUAUCACGGCAGUAUGGGCUAUUCUUCUCAAUACUAUCAUUGGUCCAGUCUCGGUGGGCUACGUGGUCAAAGUCUUUGGUAGGCGGAUUGGAGAAGGUAAUUGGGGGUUGCAGGAAUCAAGCAAUCCCGCGAACGGGGAAAGAUAG